UUCAUGUUUUUCCUAAUAUAUUUAGAUGUCAUCAUCGUUGAAAAAUCAACGUUAUGUUGGACGAGCUGUACAGCUUGAUAUAACAGAAUUGGACAAUUAUUUUGUCAACAAUGUAAUCUUUCAUCUGAAUUCUAUAUCUGAUUCAACAUAUGGUUAUGUUCCUGAAUUAAAACUAUUGAUUCAAUUAUUAUUAUGGUAUCGAAAAUUAUUCACACAUAAUUCAUCGAUUGGUCUUGAUAUUUAUCAAUGUCGAUAUUAUUCGACAAAAAAUCAAUCCACGUCGAGCAUCGGUUUAUCUUUGAUUCAGAAAUGUUCAUAUCUACUUAAAUAUUCGUUACAAUAUGUUCAGGAACGAUUAGAUCAAUAUCCAACGAAUCAAAAAUGGACAAAAAUUGUUGAAAAGUUUUUACUUUAUUAUCGUGCAAUUGAAAUGUUAAAUCUAUAUGUUUUCAUUUAUAAUGGUAAAUAUCGAACUUUGCACGAACGAUUGUUUGGCAUACGAAUUGUUGGUGAACGAACAUCAUCGCUCGAUGAUUCAAAAUUAAAUCAUUCAUUUUUAAAUCGUGUAUUAAUGUGGAAUGCAAUGAUCGAAGUAUUGACCAUAUUGAUUCCAUUUAUUACUUCGACAUCAUUAUAUCGUUUGAUUAUUAAACGUAUUCAUUCGAUAAAAUCUGAUCAACAACAAAAUUCGAAUAAUGUAAAAAAACCAAUGAAAAAUAAUCGAUGUCAAAUCUGUGAUCAACCGGCAGUGAAUGCUCAGGCUAUUCCAAAUUGUCGGCAUAUAUAUUGUUAUUUUUGUAUCAUACACAAUCUAUUUGAAGAUGGUAUUUUUAAAUGUAAUCAUUGUCAAGUAUCGAUCGAUUCAUCGGAUAAAUUAUUACAAACAUUUAAUAAUUAAAUUUUUAACGAAAUUUGUUGAAAA